CUCCGUCUGCCUUCUGCAAACGAUCUUCACCAUGCAUCCAUGCCUCAUUCAGUCCCACGCCAUGUCGCCUCUUGAGAAAAGAAAAAGUCGUAUAGCCCUGUAAACGCCGGCCGGAGCUUCUUCCGGUUCUGUCAGUGUCAUGUCCAAGUCUCUAUGAGCGUCUUUCCAGAUUUCCAGUGUCAAAGAACCCGGGCGCGAUCUUCUUUGCUGUAUGUCGCGCGCAACAGCCGCCUAGCGGAUGCGAAUGCACGGAGCCCCAGGUGCGCGACCGACGUACCCAUACAUACAUACAUACUGUUUCAGGACACCUUCCACUCACUGCAUUGACCGCUUUGGCUCAAGAUUUGAUGGCACAGUACUGUACUACUACUACCGGGGGUUCCCAAGAUCACCGGGGGGCUGGUGUGCCAUCGCAUUCCAUUUGCGCCGCUUUGUGAUCACCACGCCGAGUUUUUUUUGCCUCUCUUCCACCUUCUCGAUUUCUUGGGGGAAUUCGGCCGGAGGAGCGAACAGCAGCCCGGCCAGAGCGUUGUUCCUUCCCCUUCCACGUGGAUGGGCCCUUCCUUCUUCCGGGGUGUUUCCGGAUUUGUUCGUUUGCAUGCAAGGGUCGGGCGACUUGAGUGACCUUGGGAGGACUCGGUGUCAUAUAUUCUCGCACUCGAGACGUGCGACGUGUGUCAAUUUGGGCUUCAUUUCCCAGCAAGCGCAGAACGACGAUCUGCUAUAUCGGUGCGUUCCACGCUGAAGAGCGACGUCUUCCCACGACUCUGCUCUGCACCACCACCACCACCACCACCUUCCUUGACUCGCCUUGACUCGAGUCACUCGCUCUAUUCCCCCGGCUGCAACGAACCGUUGCAUUGAAACUGAAAGCGUCCUCUGUGUGAUAGCUACUCCAACCCUUCCAAACCGCUCUCGCUCCAUGACAGGCUCCUCAGGCCAACAAUUUCUGCUUCUCAUCGAGAACUCAUCUCUGCUUGCCGGCUACUGGAGGCCGCUGCGAACUCAAUAUCUCCCCAACUUCAUCCAGCAACUGCGCGGAGCCCACCCAUCUUGUCCAGUACCUGCCGUCUCUCUCACACGACCGCGCAGGCAGAACUCACGCGUCGUCCAGGAAAAGAUAUUCGUCGCUGCGAGCCGGCCAUCCCCGUUCGACCUCGCCCCCAAUCCGCGCCAGUCGAGCAACCUCGAGGCGGACCUGACCGAGCUGCAGUUCAACUACGACUCCGACAACGCCCUGGCCAUCGCCCACAUCCGCUACGCAGCCCAGUUCCUCGCGUGCCAAUCUGCGCGUGCCGUGCGCCACCUCAUUAUCGUGGCGGCGACGUGUCCGCUCGACUACGGCGGCGAAGGGCCGGACCCGUGGCAGCAGCUUGCGCGAUCGCUGCGAAAGGAACGAGUGCACAUCCACCUUGCGCUUACAUCACAUCUGCGUACAAGCCCGUUCAUAGGACUCUUCGAGCAAGCGAAGCAGGAACAGCACACGGAAGAGCCGCUGUGGCUGCAGACGUACUCAACAGACUUUUUAUUCCGGGUCUGUGUUCCACUGGAGCCCGCAGUGCAUCUUUCCUCGGCAUCCAAGACCUCUGAGACGUCGCAGCACCUUCCGUCGGACAUGUACACCACCAAGGCACUGACUGAUCCGUGCGCCGAUCCACCCAGCAUCGUCGCAAAGCUGCAGCAGGUCCACGGCCUGACGAAGAAGAAGGUGUACGGCGCGAAGCCCGUGCAGCCGCCGUUCAUCAAAGACGACCACCGCCCGACGAGACGCUCAGUGACCUUGCGCCCUAUCGAUCUGCCCCCCGAAACAAGCCCCGCGCCGCUCCUGACGCGCCGCACCAAGCCCGGACCGUCUGUCGUUCCACCCGGAAAACCCGCGUCCACCUGGCAAUCGGCGAUCGCCAAUACCACAUCAUCCUGUCAGAUGGGUCUCUGGCAGGACGACCCCGUGAGCAACAUGCUCCCAUCGGCCGUCGACUGGCUAUCACCGCCGUCGGACAUGUUUCUCCCCCUCGAUGCGGCCAACAUGCAGCUCCAGUCAUACCCCUACUUCGACGAUCUCCCCAGCCCAAACGAGACGCUCUCCCCCGUUUCCGGCACCUCCUCGCCGCCGUUCCCCAUAUCGCCCAUCGACCCGCCGCGGUCCGGCCUAUACGGCAUCACGGCGGCAGGAGACAUGGACGCGGCGGAUCUGCACCACCAGCUGCACUACGACACGCAGCAGAUGGCGUAUUCGCCGCUGAUCCAGGCCCACCGCCCCGCAAAUGCCGUCUCUCCGGUGCCUAGACUCGCUGGGUGCCCGCCGACGUCGAUCUCCGCCUCGCAUGGACUAUGCCCCCGGCAGAGGAUCGAGCCUGCCGUAAACACUGCAGCAUUUCACCUUGACACUCCUCCGCAUGCCGGCCUGUCGUCGCUCAGCGGGUGGGCCGGUUGA